AUGAAUAUUUUAAUUACAACUACAAAACAAAUUGCUGGAUAUGAAAAUGAUUUUUUUGAACUUUCAUCAAUACCUUUAGAUAUAGCUAUUGAUUUAACUGAUGGACCAUUGAUACUUUCUGAUGUUCGUAUUACAUUUGUUAAUCAUAUUCAUCGAUGUAUAUCUAUAUUACCUGAUAAAUUAACACCACAACAUUCUUGUUACAAUACAUCUCAUUCUACUAUGGGGAAUUUUCUUCGUCAUCUUCGUAAAAAUGAACAAUCUACACUGGAUCAAUUAAAAAAUCUUUUUGAUUUAUAA